GAAGUCCACCAGCUAAUUUUUUCAGUACUAUAAAUAAACUUGAGAAAAAAAAAAUGUACACUAAAUCAAAUUAGAAACAACAAAAAUUAGUAAUGGGUUACCAAUUUAGCCUCAUUUUUUUUAUGUGGGCAUCUUUGUUAUUACUAUGCUUAUCUUCCCAUGACACAAAAUUAAGUGAUGAUCAUGAUCUUGGUAACUAUUCCAUAUUGGACUCAUGGGAUGAGAUGAGAGUUGUUGAGUUGUUUCAGAAUUGGAAAGAAAAACACAAGAGGGUUUACCGGUUACCGGAGGAGGCUGAGAUGAGAUUUGAGAAUUUUAAGAGAAAUGUCAAGUAUAUAUUGGAGAAGAGUAAGUCAAGAAAAGGUUACCAGUUGGGAUUGAACCGGUUUGCAGAUUUAAGCAAUGAAGAGUUUAGGAAACUAUACUUGUCUAAUGUUACAAAGCCUUUGGGUGGAAAGAGGAGGAGAAAUAAUCCUAUGAGGACAAGAUUGGAUUCUUGUGAUGCACCUUCGAGUUUGGAUUGGAGGAAAAGAGGUGUUGUUACUGCUGUAAAAGAUCAAGGUGACUGUGGCAGUUGUUGGGCAUUCUCUUCUACAGGAGCAAUGGAAGGAGUAAAUGCCAUAGUGACAGGAGACCUCAUAAGCCUUUCAGAACAAGAGUUAGUGGACUGUGAUUCCACCAAUUAUGGAUGUGAUGGUGGCUAUAUGGACUAUGCUUUUGAAUGGGUUAUAAACAAUGCUGGAAUUGACUCUGAAUCUGACUAUUCUUAUACCGGUCAAGAUGGUACAUGUAACAAAGCAAAGGAGGAAAGGAAAGUUGUUACUAUUGAUGGGUAUGAAGAUGUGGGAGAAUCUGAUAGGGAUCUUUUGUGUGCUACUAUUCACCAACCCAUUAGUGUUGGUAUUGAUGGAUCAGCAUUGGAUUUUCAACUCUACACUGGAGGAAUCUACGAUGGAGAUUGCUCGGACAACCCUAACGAUAUUGAUCAUGCCGUUUUGAUAGUUGGAUAUGGUUCUGAAGGCGAUGAAGACUAUUGGAUUGUGAAGAAUUCAUGGGGUACUAGUUGGGGAAUACAAGGCUACUUUUACAUAAAAAGGAACACUAAUUUACCCUACGGAGUAUGUGCAAUUAAUGCUAUGGCAUCUUAUCCUACUAAAGAAUCUUCCACGCCGUCUCCUUAUCCAUCACCGUCUAGUCCCCCACCCCCAUCACCAAUUCUACCACCACCACCGCCUCCCCCUCCUUCGCCAACCAAAUGUGGAGACUUCUCCUAUUGCCCAAGUGAUGAAACAUGUUGUUGCUUAUACGAGUUCUAUGGUGUUUGCCUAAUUUAUGGUUGUUGUGAGUAUGAGAAUGCAGUUUGUUGCAUUGGAACUGAGUAUUGUUGCCCUAAUGAUUACCCAAUUUGUGAUAUUGAAGAAGGGCUUUGUCUCAAGAACCAAGGGGAUAUCAUGGGAGUAGCUACAAAGAAGAAAAAAAUGGCUAAGCACAAGUUUCCAUGGGCUAAAACAGAGAAGAUUUCUCAACCUCUUGAGUUGAAGAGGAACCCUUUUGCCACAAUGCGUUGAGAGAAUGAAUGAUCACAAUUAUAUUUUGUUUAUUAUUCAAGUUUAAAGAUGUGAGUUUUUUCUUUGUAUUACUAUUCAUGCUUGAUGUUUACAUAGGUAGAACUAUGUUGUAAGAGCAAAAACUAAAAAUUGAAAGAAUGUGAAGGUUGAAUGUUUCACAUUUGUUUCAUUUGUCUUUAUAAUUUUAUGAAGGGUGUGAUUAUUGGUGUA